AUGGAGUCGGGAGGAGAUUCUAACAACCAAAGAUUGAUGGAAGCCAUAGAAGGGAGUAGUGCUAGGUUAGGCAAUGUCUUAGAAAAUGUGAUGGAGACAUUGGCCGCCAUGAGAAGGGAGAGCAAUGCUAAUGCCGAGAGGCUAGAAAAAAGAUAUGGAGAAAGGGAAAGUAAGGGUAGUGAUGGGCUCCGAAAUGAAAGAAGAAGGAGAGGUAGUAGAAGUGAAAGAGAAGAACAAACAUUUGAAAGAUGGGCCGAUGGUAUCCAAGAGGAGAAUCGGCCAAGAGAGUAUGAAGGAGAAGAGAGUGAGCCCCAAAGAAGUCCUCUACAUCGAAGGCCUUAUGGCCGGAGAGAUCGAGAGGAAAGGAGAAGAAGAGAAGAUGAUGAUGUUAGGGUUUUGGAUCAUCAUGAAAGGAUCCGGAAACCGAAGAUUGAUUUUCCUACAUUUGGAGGAGGUGACCCAUAUGAAUGGUUAGAUAGAGUGGAGCAAUACUUCCUAGUGUAUGAAAUCCCUAGGGAGGAGAAGGUGACUUUAGCUAGCUAUCACUUAGAGGGGAGAGCCAAUAGGUGGUGGAGGUGGCUAAGGAGCAUCUAUGCUAGAGAGGGAAAUCGACUGGGAUGGACGGAGUUUGUAGAUGAGUUCUUGAAGCAAUGGAGACCAUCUCCGACCAUCAAUCAUCAUGGCCAAUUGGCCAAAUUGAAGCAAGAAGGCAAAGUGCAAGAUUACAUCGACCAAUUCCGCCAACUUCAAACAAUGGUGGAAGGGUGGUCCGAAGAAGCACUCCUUGGCACAUUCGUGGAUGGGCUCAAAUCAUGGCUUUCCAAGGAGAUCAAGCUCAAGCAGCCUACACGACUUCAAGAUGCAAUGAGGAUGGCCGAAAUCCUAGAUCAAAGUAGCUUCCAUGACCGGCGGCCAACCAAAGAACCAUUCAACCGCAAGGACUCCAAACCCUUGCAAAUGAAGCCUCAAAAUUCUGCAGCAACCUCCAAACCACAACAUCAUGAGGUUAGAAAGCUCAACCGAGAGGAGUUGCAAGAUUACAUCAAGAAGGGCCUAUGCUUUAAGUGUGGUAACAAAUGGGAGAAAGGCCACCAAUGCAAGCCCGGCCAAUCCUUCGCCAUCCACCUUGUAAGCAGCGAAGAUGAGGCCGAUGAAGGUGCUACAUCAUCCUCCGAAGAUAGCACCAUUGAUGAAGAGAACUUUGAAGCCGAAGCCACUAGAUCCGCCCACUAA